ACCAUUGUUACCGUUUCAGCACAGACGCUGAACGUGAAUUACAAAGGUGCACAGAUAUUGGUAGCUGGACAAUAUGAUGGGUUAUCGUUAUAUAAUGGUGACUUGAGCGAACAAGAGGUUUAUAACGUAAUGACUGCAUCCUUAAUAACUCAGCCGCCAAACGGUACCUUUCAACUUUCCGGUUCUACCUCAUAUAAUGGAACAAUUAAUGCGCUAUGUGUAAUGCCCCGGUCUCAAAAUGAUCUUUAUAAUAUCGAUGUAUAUAUUGGUGGUAAAUUUACUACAAUUGAUAAUAAAACAUUUAAUAAUAUUGCGCGUUAUGAUCCCGCUAGUCGAACAUUUUACGCGCUUAUGGAAGGUUUGGAUAAUUCGGUUCACUCUCUGUACUGUGAUAACAAUAAUUCAUUGGUUUAUGUUGGUGGUGAAUUCGUCACUCCAGUAAAUCCUGCUGCACAUGGUUUAAAUAUCUCAGAUUUUGGUGGUAGUGUGGCGAUAUGGCAUGUAGGAAAUUCAUCUUGGUCGGCUCUCCCUUUUAAGGGAUUUAAUGGUCCGGUAUAUACUAUCGCAUAUAAUGUACAGAAUAAUACUGUUUAUUUUGGUGGUCAAUUCGAUGCUACUAGUGAUGGUAAUUUUGGUACUUUGCCUAAUAAUACACAACCAAUAGGUUUACAAAAUGCUACUUUAUCUGAUGGAAAUUCGGCAACUCUCACAAAUUUUACUGAUCCAUCAGUAUUAAUAUGCAGUAAUGAGCCUGAUGGACCGAGAAAUACAUGGUUAUUGGAGGACAACGCAGUGGGUCUAUUACGAAUAAGAUUUGAUUAUGAUAUAACGCCCACAGCAAUUGGUCUCAAGAAUACUAACUAUCAAGGAAGGGGAACAAAGACGUUUAGGUUGAUUUCCCUUCCAGAUAAUGCCUUAAUUACUCUUUCGUAUACGAACACUACCAAUGGAACUACGUUGACUUGCUCGAAUUCAUGUCCCUUGGAUCCUUCUAAUACUGAUUAUCAAUUAUUUAAUUUCGUUAAUCCGACAACCUUGAGGAGCAUAGAGAUCAUAAUUUUAGAUUAUUAUGGUCAAGGAGGUGGACUUCAUGGCAUUCAACUAUAUCAAAGUGACAUUACUGUUCGUGGGAUUAGUAGUUAUAACUCCCCUACGUGUUCAAACUCUUCAAGCUCUUCAAUUUAUUCGAACACAACAACCGUUGGAAACUGGACUGCUCAAUUACUUCCCGGAGUUUGGGAUAAUGUAUUAGAAACUACAGUCCCUGCGGCAGAGAUAGCUAAUAGCACAGCAAAACUUAUAAUGAAACCAUAUAUCCCGCAGGCUGGUUACUAUAAUGUUACUCUCAAUUCACCGUCUUGCGUUUCAGUUGGGUGUGGCAGCGUCAUACCUAUUGAUGUUAACUUUACAUCCUCCCCGGGUGUAUCAUCAGUAGUAACUAUAACACAGAAUUCAACUGAUACUAACACUGUCCACACUAUCUAUUCUGGUUAUGUUCUUGGAACAUCAGCGAGUUUUCAGCCAACUGUUGAAAUUACUGUUUCAAAGUCAGCUGUGGCACCUAGCGAUGGUAGUGAUGCUAUCAUAUAUGUCGAUUAUAUUCAGUGCACAAAGAUGAAUAAUAGUAACUCGUUGAGUGGCUUGUUCCAAUAUUCACCGCCAACAUCCACAGCUCAAGCCGCAUGGUAUGGAUUUAACGGCCUGUUGAUUCCAAAAUCCAUAAUAAAUGAUAUAGUUGUGUUAUCACCAACAACAAUAGUAAUUGGUGGUAGUUUCAAUAAUCUUUCAUUUUCCAAUAUUGUGUUCUAUGAUGGCAAAAAUUUUAUUCCUCCUAAAAACUCGGGACUCAAUGGUCAUGUUAAUACGAUGGUUCUAAUUGAUAACGAUUUAUUCGUCGGUGGGUUAUUUAGUAACUUGGCCAACGGGACCUUAUCUGGAUUGAAUAAUAUCGCGAGAUAUAACCUUAAUGAACAAAACUGGUAUCCUAUUAGUGGUGGUGUCAACGAUGAAGUAAAUCGUAUAGCUUUGGUCAAUAAUGGAGCACCACAAAUACAUGUUGCUGGUAAAUUCGACACCUUAAUAAAACCUUCCACCCAGAAUACCAUAACUGGUAAUGCAACUUUUGGCUACGGCAUGUGGGACAAUAAUUUAGGAAAUUGGGUUAAUACAGGAUAUAUAGAUGGUUUAAUUGGUGAUAUUGUAGCUUAUAAUAUUCCAAGUUCUCAAACCGGACCUUUAACUUUUUGGGGUGGCAGAAUGAAUUCUACGCAAUCUAUUUUGUCGUCUGGUGGAGGUCUAAUUACCCAAUCUGGAUAUAAGUCGCUUCCCUUGUUUCCGCAAGCUACAAAUGGCGUUAUAUCAGAUUUUAUCAUUAACAGCGCAGUACAAUCGAAUGAUACUAAAAGUAAUAAAACUUUUACUGCAAUUGGUGGAAAAUUCCAAAUCGAUAAUAUAGUUAACGUAGCCAUAUUGGAUAAUAAUGUAUGGAGGGGUAUGUCACCAUCCAAUUUUCAAGGAGAGGUCAAAGUUCUUGUUCUUAGAAAUGAUAUUUUGUUUGUUGGAAGCGAACUUGAUGGUAUAGGUGGCAGUGCUUUUGCUGUUUACAAUUUAAACAGUGAUAUAACAUAUCCACAAACAUUGACAGCCAACGAUAACAUCGUUAGAGUCAAUGUUAUAAAAUAUCGGGCUGGUACAGAUGAUUACAUUGUUGCCGGCAAGUUUGAUAAGGCUGGUCAAUCGAGCUGUUCAUAUAUUUGCUCAUGGAAUUCUAUUUCGGGACAAUUUAAAGCGUUAAACUCGUCUCUUUCAGGUGAAGUUGUUUCGGCGGACUUUGUAGGAACAAGUCAAAGCCAAAAUUUCCUUGUUGUCGUUGGAAAUCUGACACUUGUCGGGAAAGGACCAGUCUAUGUUGCCGAGUAUGAUUUUAGUCGAAACAUAUGGCAAGAACAAGGCACACAGGGUAGUGGUGAUACACAACUUCCUGGACCUCCAAAUAUAGUCAUUAAUUACUUUCUUUCGAACAAUCGACAAUAUUUUGUUUCUGGAACUGUUGAUAACACUGGUGAAGCUUAUAUACGAAAAUGGGAUGGAUCCAAAUACGUAAACGUCAAUCCGCAGCUCUUACAAGGCUCCGUGAUAAACCAAAUGGCAUUAGUUCCUACAAGCAGUUCUCAUUCUAAUAAUGACAUUUUGGAUCCCAAAUGGUUGCUUCUAAUCAGCGGGUCGCUCAAAUUAAAUGAAUAUGGUGAUGUUAGCGCUGCUUUGUUCGAUGGAAAUACGAUUUAUCCUUUCUUAUUAGCAUCAAACCAAGGAAAACCAGGCUUCAUCCUGUCAAUCUUUACGAACAUUAUUCCUGAACUGAGACAACGAAAGGCAAGGGGUAGUUUAAAGACCAGCCCAAGAGAUUCAGGAAAAGCAGCACUUCGAGGAGAAGAAUUAUUCGCUACCAUAAAUUCAAUAAUAGCACAACAGAGUGAACCUCGACAAUCAGUAACAUCUAGUAACGUUAGAAACUCUGCAGUACCUUCUGAUGAAAAAUCUACUGAUUUUAUGGGAGGAGCCGGUGUUGCAGCAGUUGCAGCAUCUGAAUUGGGACCAAAAUCAGAAAAACAAGAGAUCUCUGCCGCAGACAGAGCCAGGGCAGCCCGAGCUUUCUUAGCCAAUCAUCCAGAAGCACGACAAUACUAUGCAAGAUAUCCAUUUGUUGCAAAAGAAGAAGGAGAAUUAGAUUUUCACGUUGGGGAUACGAUUUAUGUUGUGGAUACUAGCGAUGAAGUGUGGUGGUUAGGAUGGAAAGAUGACGGAACCGGCAAUUUUAUACAAGGUUUAUUCCCAAGUAAUUAUGUGGUCGAAGAUCCAAGUUUCGGGGCUUCCUGA